AUGUCACAGCGCGAUCACUCGCGGGGUGGCAAGCACUACACGGGUAACACGCGGAGUGUGCUGGCGCGGGAGGGCGCGGAAGCGGGGCAAGGGGGCUACACCGCGGAUAACUUGACUCCGGAGCCGGUGGACAUGAACGACGACGAUAAUUAUUCUAGUCAGGGCCUCGCGAAAGAUGCGGAGAAGUUGAAAAUGAUGUUGCUUGCAUGGAAUUACCACAGUCAGACUCAAGGCCGCAAUGGUGAUAUAACAGAAACCGGUGGAGACAGCAUGGCAGACCUUUGGGCGUCAUAUCACAGUGCGCUAGGCCUCGGCAGCAAGCCACCGAAACCGCCUACACCCCUGGCCACUGGCCACUCGAGUCCUAUCCACGUGGGUUCAGCCACACCUGGCGUAGAGCCCGCAUCUACACACGACGAGACUUCAUCAUCUGAUCGAACCAAAGACGAUGACGAUGGUGGAGCAUCUGAUGAUGACUCGGAUGACCGUGUGGAUCCGCAGCAUCAUGAUCCGGAGAGGCUUAAGGCAUUCAACAUGUUUGUCCGUCUUUUCGUGGAUGAGAACUUAGACAGAAUAGUUCCAAUCUCGAAGCAGCCAAAGGAAAAGAUUCAAGCCAUAAUUGACUCCUGCACUCGACAGUUCCCAGAGUUUGCAGAACGUGCUCGAAAGCGAAUUCGCACUUACCUGAAAAGUUGCAGACGGAAUAAGAAAGUGCGGGGUGAUGGACCGACUGCCGGCAACGGCGGCAGUACUCCUGGUACUGGCAAUGCUUGGGAUACUGCGGUCCGACCAACUCCAGCUCACCUGACUUCGGUGCAGGCCGAGCACAUAUUGGCACAGGCGUGCGAGAACGAGAGCCUCAAUGCUAAACGCAUGCGCCUUGGACUCGACCCGGUCAGUCAGCCCAUGCCAACAGUACCAACACCCAUGGCUAUCGAUACCACAGCUACUUCAGCCGUUGCCUCAUCAUUUUUGGGGCUAUACAGUGGAGCUAUUAGUAGCCCAGCAUCGACUCCAGCUACAACCACGUCCACCACAUCCCUGCCCACUGCUGGACACAGCAAGGCAGCUGCCGACACUACCAGGCCCUCAGCUAGUCCGACAAUGGAUAAUCCGAUGUUAAACAAUAAUAAUCUAAAGCUGGAUAAUGCUAAUGGAAAUGCUGGGAGUAAGACUGCUAGCCCAGCCUCAUCACCAGCGCCUCUGUUUAGACCGUCGUUCCCUAACACAUUCGGGACUCCACAGACCUUUGGAAGACAAAACACUAGCGCGAAUCCUGCUUCGUCAGCGCUGUCGAGCAGCGCCCUCUUGUCAACUCUGACGGCACUGCCCCCUACCGGUGUAGGUGUGAACGCAGCAAUGGCAGCAUAUCAGAGCGCUCUGUUGUCAGCGAUGGCUGCUCACACUCAUACUUUUCCUACCAGCCUUAGUGCUCCAACCGAUUUGUCCUUGAAGAACACCACUCCUACUUCACUCCACGUGACAUCGACAGCCUCUUCACUGGCAGGUUCUACUACAUCUAGCCAGACAAAGCCGCUUCUCUCACAUAAGUUGUCUGGAGCCGAAGUGGGUGCUGUCCGACAACUCAUUACUGGCUACCGCGAGUCAGCUGCAUUCCUGUUACGAUCUGCCGACGAACUAGAGGCGUUACUGCUGAACCAACCCUAG